AUGUCAAGUUUCAGGCAAUUUUCCAAUGGCCGCCGGCAAGGAGGAGCACUUCAGAAGCCCGAACAAAACGAGAAGUCCAAUUUUGUACGGACAUGCAACCUCUUAAGUAGAUACAUCAAGGAAAAAGGAAGUCUUAAAGAUUUCCACAUUGAAAUUGGUGGCAAAAUUGAGAGCCUCCAAGAUAUAAUCAAGUUUCUAAAAUUAGCUAAAUUCUUUGUAGAUCCAAAUGGUUUUAGUUCAGAUAUUAAAGAGGCGGCAAUUUCUACUCCUAAGUCAGCCCAACUGACGAUUUUCUACUCGGGUCGAGUGUUGGUGUUUGAAGAUUAUCCAGCUGGAAAGGCCCAAGAACUCGUGGCCUACGCUAAAAAACAGAGCUCACAAGUGCAUGAAAAUGCGGGCCCAUCUGGUGGCCAAUGGGCCUUGAGCUCUAGCCCACGAGAAGGGCUUCCGCCAAGGCCACAGCCUAGUGGUUCUCAUAAGGCUGUGGGUAUUGCAUUGAACAAUUGUGAGGUACAAACAAACGAUGCAGUUAGAGAAGAACAACAGCAGGCUACUGCAAAAAACGGUUCAGAUUUGCCUAUUGCUCGAAGGUCAUCCAUUCAUCGGUUUCUUGAGAAGAGGAAAGAUAGGGAUUCUGCUAGAGGGCCUUAUCAAGUUCACGAAGAGCCAACUUCUUCUUAUUUCAAGGGAGAUGAACAGCUUGAGCUCAAAUUAUAA